AUAAGGGAAUUAAAAGCAUCAGAGAUAGGACAGACAACGUUAAGAAAGUGGAAGUGCAUGUGUUUCACUUUAUCAUCAAAAAUAAAUACAGAAAAAAUCAAAUCAAAAUUAUGUAAUGUGAGUAUGUUACAGUGAUUCUGAUAAGAUUUAUAGGCAAGACGUUAACUCACUCACCCCAGUCUUUCGAUCAAGUUGUUGUAUUAACGGAAAAAUUCAAACAGUUUUGUCAAAUGUGUAAAAACUUCAGCGGCCUACUGCUUCCUGCUUUCUCUUUCUGCUAUAGGAAAUCAUGACUUUGUACACGUACCCUAACAACUUCCGUGCUUACAAAGCCCUCAUCGCGGCUCAAUUCUCAGGGGCAAAGGUGAAGGUAGCCCCGGAGAAUGAGUUUGUGUUUGGGGAGACAAACAAAAGCCAGGAUUUCCUCCGCAAAUUCCCUCUUGGGAAGGUGCCGGCCUAUGAGACUGCCGAUGGGCAAUAUCUCACGGAAAGCAAUGCCAUUGCCUUCUAUCUGGCCAAUGCCGAAUUGCGCGGCAAGACUGAUCUGCAGCAGGCUGAAGUGUGGCAGUGGGUGAAUUUUGCCGACAGUGAACUCCUUCCAGCAUCAUGCGCCUGGGUGUUUCCCUUAUUGGGCAUAAUGCCGUUCCAGAAGAAAGUUGUUGAACGUGCCAAGCAAGAUGCCGCAGUCGCUCUCAAGGUGCUCAACACCAAAUUGACCAAUGUGACAUUCUUGGUGGGCGAUCGAAUCUCUCUGGCAGACAUCUGUGUCUUCUGCACUCUGCUCCAUCUCUUUGAGAAUGUGUUGGAUGCUGCCGAGAGAGCCAAUUACGUCAGUCUCACACGAUGGUUCAACACAGUCCUCAAUCAGCCACAGGUGAAGGCAGUCAUCCCUAAAUUCCAACUCUGCACCAAGCCACUUGAGUUUGAUCCUGCGAAAUAUGCAGAAUUUGUGGCUAAGACAGGUGGCGGUGGUGACAGGGAGGAGGGACAGAAAAAGAAGCAGGAGAAGCAACCCAAGCAGGAGAAGAAGAAGGAGCAGCCCAAGAAGGAAAAGGAACCAGAACCAGUUGAGGAACUUGAUGCAGCUGAAGCUGCUCUGCUGGAGGAACCCAAGUCCAAGGAUCCCUUCGACAGUCUGCCCAAGGGCACCUUCAAUAUGGAUGACUUCAAGCGCUUCUACUCCAAUGAGGACGAAGCCAAGUCUAUCCCCUAUUUCUGGGAGAAGUUCGAUCCUGAGAACUAUUCAAUCUGGUUCGGCGAAUACAAAUACAACGAGGAGCUGACCAAGGUGUUCAUGAGCUGCAAUCUGAUCACAGGCAUGUUCCAGCGUCUCGAUAAGAUGCGCAAGCAAGCUUUUGCUUCAGUUUGCCUCUGGGGUGAGGACAAUAACAGCACAAUUUCCGGCGUAUGGGUAUGGCGCGGUCAGGAUUUGGCCUUCGAACUCAGUCCCGAUUGGCAGAUUGAUUAUGAUUGCUAUACAUGGAAGAAACUGGAUCCAUCUGCUGCAGAGACCAAGGAUUUGGUUCAGCAAUAUUUCUCUUGGACGGGUGCCGACAAGUCUGGCCGCAAAUUCAACCAGGGAAAAGUCUUCAAAUAAAUCAUUUCUUGCUUUUCACGUGAAAAUAACACACUAAUAACUGAAAGGA